CGGGUGGGUGGGUGGGAAGCAGCAGCAGCAGCAGCAGCGUCAGCAGCAGCAGCAGCAGCAGGGAGCGGGGAGGGCGCUGCUGCUGCUGCGGAGGCGGCGUCUGCGGCGGCGGCAGCAGCAGCAGCAGCAGCAGCAGCAGAAGACGCAGGCAGCCUGCACUUGGGCGAGUGCGUGCUGGUGGGCCCGGAGACGGACCUGCAGCAGCUGCCGGAGAAGUUCCCGUGGCUGCUGCAGCAGCAGCAGCAGCAGCAGCAGCAGAUCGUGGCGAAGCCCGACGUGCUGCUGAAGCGCCGCGGGCAGCAGGGGCUGGUGUUCGUGGCGCGCAGCUGGGCCGAGGUGUACGUACACCUGGAGAGCCAGCGAGGCCGCGAGGUCUCUUCCGGAAAAGUCUCCGGAAAACUUUCGCACUUUAUUUUAGAACCAUUUUUUCCCCACGAGCAGCAAAACGAAUUCUACGUGGCUUUUCGGACUCAGGCGGAGGGCGACGAGUUGCUGUUCAGCAGCAGAGGCGGCGUGGCGGUGGGGGACGUGGAGGCGACAGCAGCGCGGCUGCUGCUGCCGGUGCUGCCGCAGCAGCAGCAGCAGCAGCAGCAGCAGCAGCAGCAGCUGCUGCAGCAGCUGCAGCAGCUCGUGCAGGAGGUCCCUGACUCCGCCGCUCGCGCCCGCCUCCCCGCCUUCCUUCGCUGCCUCUAUGCCCGCUUCUGUGCUCUUCAUUUGUCCUUUUUGGAAAUUAAUCCUUUUGCUUUCGACUGCAGCAGCAGCAGCUUCCGCAUUCUCGACGCAGCAGCAAAAAUCGACCCUGCAGCAGACUUCCUCUGCCCCCACGCCUGGGAGGGCCUCGAGCUCCCCAGCCCCUUCGGCAGAGUCCUCACUCCCGAGGAACUCUACAUCAGGGAGCUGGACCAGAAGACAGGCGCCUCCUUAAAGCUGACAGUCCUAAACCCCCGCGGCCGCAUCUGGACCCUCAUAGCGGGGGGGGGGGCCUCCGUGGUCUUUGCAGACACCAUCUGGGAGUUGGGCCUCGGAGAAGAACUCGGGAACUACGGGGAGUACUCGGGGGCCCCCGGAGAAGCAGCAACUUUUGAAUACUCUAAAACAGUGUUAAGUCUGGUGACUGCAGCAGGGACUUUCCGGCCCGAGGGCAAAGUGCUGCUGGUGGGGGGGGGCAUUGCCAACUUCACUUCUGUCUCCGAGACCUUCCGGGGGAUCAUAAGGGCCCUGCGGCUGUUUGCUGCGAAGCUGCUGGCCUUCAAGGUGUCAGUGUUUGUGCGGCGGGGGGGCCCCGGGUACCAAGACGGGCUGCGGCUGAUGCGGGAGGCGGGCGCCGAGUUGGGGAUUCCCAUGAAGGUUUUCGGGCCUGAGACCUUCAUGACUGCCAUAAUUCCCUUUGCCCUUCUUCCCCAGGACAAGGCCUUUCCGGAGAGUCCCCCGGAGGCGGAGCUGGCUGCGCAGCAGCAGCAGCAGCAGCAGAACGGCGCUGCUGCUGCGCCCUGCAGCAGCAGCAGCAGCAGCAGCAGCAGCGAGGCGAACGGGACGGGGCUGCAGCGGGUGAAGACUUGGAAGGAAGUGUCCCUCGCCGAAGUCGAGAGCAACCCGGUCUUCGCGGAGUGCGUGGAGCGGCUGAACCAGCUCCGCUCCGAGCAGCAGCAGCAGCAGCAGCAGCAGCAGCAGGAGUCGCUCCCCCCCCCUCCCGCCCCCAGCAGCAGCAGCAGCAGCAGCAGCAGCAGCGGCGCGCUGCUGUUCAGCAGCAGCACGCAGUGCGUGGUGUGGGGCCUGCAGACGCGGGCCGUGCAGGAAAUGCUGGACUUUGACCACGUGUGUGGCCGCAGCAAGCCCUCAGUAGCUGCGAUAGUCUAUGAGUUCUCUGUCUCCCACUUAAGGCCCUUUUACUUCGGCACUGAAGAAGUCUUCGUGCCAGUCUGCCAGUCCCUUUCUGAGGCUGUCUCCAAAAGCCCCGGAGUCUCCGUCUUAGUCAACUUCGCCUCGCUGCGGUCUGCUGCUGCAGUCUGCCGCCAGGCGCUGCAGCACAGCUGCUUCAAAGUAAUAGCCGUGAUAGCAGAGGGAGUCCCCGAGAGACUGGCCCGGGAAAUUGGCCAAGAGGCCAGGGCCCGGGGGGUUUGCUUGAUAGGCCCUGCGACUGUGGGGGGGAUGAGGCCUGGGGCCUUCAGAAUAGGCAACACUGGGGGGUCUUUGGAGAAUAUAAUGAACGCGAGACUCUACAGGGGGGGCUCUGUGGGUUUUGUGACCAAGUCCGGAGGGAUGCUGAACGAGUUGAAUAACAUAUUAGCGACUGUCUCCGACGGGGCCCGCGAGGGAGUGGCCGUGGGCGGAGACAGGUUCCCCGGGAGCAGCAUGCUGCAGCACUUGCUGCGGCUGCAGCAAGACCCCGAGGUGAAGCUGCUGCUGCUGCUGGGGGAGGUGGGGGGCGCAGCAGAACUGGAAGUUGCUGCUGCAGUUGGAGACAGGCGCAUUCACAAGCCCCUGGUGGCCUGGUGCGUGGGGACUUGUGCUCCAUUAAUGGCCACGGAGGUGGCCUUCGGCCACGCGGGGGCCUGGGCCAGCAGCAGCAAAGAGCAUGCAGCAGCAAAGAACGAGGCCUUGAGAGCAGCAGGGGCUUUCGUGCCUGUCUCCUUCCACGCGCUGGGGGAGACAGUGCGGGGCCUCUUCCAGCAGCUGGUCCGCCGCGGAGAAAUCGUCCCCAAGUCGGAGACAAAAGUCCCCAGAGUCCCCCUGGACUAUGCCUGGGCCAAGAAGAUGGGGCUGGUCCGCAAGCCCAAGGGCUUUGUCUCCACCAUUUCGGAUGACAGGGGAGAAGAACUCCUUUAUGCUGGCUGGCCCAUCAGCAGAGUGGUUAAGGAGGACUUAGGCGUGGGAGGCGUUUUGUCCCUCUUGUGGUUUAAAAGGCCUUUGGCCCCUUACUGCUACAGGUACUUGGAGUUGGUGUUAUUACUAACAGCAGACCACGGGCCCGCAGUCUGUGGGGCCCACAAUGUUAUAGUGACUGCCAGGGCUGGCAAGGACUUAAUCAGUUCUUUGAUAGCGGGGCUUUGCACAAUUGGAGACAGAUUUGGGGGCGCAUGCGACAAGGCCGCGCAGCAGUUCCUCGGGGCUUUCAGGAGGGGACUGUCUCCUGCGGACUUCGUGCGAGAAACGAAGGCCCAGAAUAAACUCAUCAUGGGAAUUGGCCACAGAGUGAAGUCCCUGCACAACCCCGACCGCCGCGUGGAGUUGCUGAAGAACUUCUGUCUCCAGCACUUUCGGGCGACGCCGCUGGUGCAGUUUGCCCUCCAAGUCGAGCAGGAGACAACUCGAAAAAAGGCCUCUUUGAUUCUUAAUGUCGAUGGACUCAUUGGAGUCUCCAUGUGCGACUUGCUGCUCCACUCCGGCUUCUUCUCCGAGGCCGAGGCCCACGACUACAUCGACAACGGCUGCAUCAACGGGCUCUUCGUCCUCGGCCGCAGCAUCGGCUUCAUCGGCCACUUCCUCGACCAAAAGAGACUCAAACAGGGACUCUACAGACACGACGUCGACGACAUCGCCUACGUCCUCCCGGGAUACGAGGCCCCCAGAUAA